AUGAAACGAACGAGCGUCUCUGUCUAUCUGAAAGCAUUAAAGGCUUGGUGCAAGGCCAUUGUUGACGGCGAAUCCUCACCAAGAACACCCUCCCAGGUGGUAGUUCGCUAUGGCGGCAGUCAUCCCGCCUUGCCUUUUGAUUUUGGUGAACUUAAUCGGUUGCCUUGGUUGACACACUCUGUAUGCCUCGAUGGUGCAUUGCAUUGGGUACUUGAUGCAAUAAAAGCUAUACUGGUUUUCGAUUUGAGAGACGAAGAGUUUCAUGUUAUUCGGCUCCCCAACAUGGGCAUGUACUUGGAUCCACCCCAGAUUGUUCUACUCCAAGUUGAUGGACAUUUGGUAGCAAUAAGUCUCGGUUAUGGUUCGAAUUAUGAAAAAAUAGACAUAAUGUGGACAUCGAAGGACUAUCGAAACAAGGUUUGGAUCAAGGAUACCAUUUUCAUUCCAUUGCGAUGGUGGAACGAUUGUGUUGUUUCUGCCAUACCUGCAUCAGGGAAGAUCUUACUGAUACCGAUUCGGUCAUUUGGAGGUAUAUCAAUGGGGGAGGGCUACUUAGGAUUUUAUGAUGCAAAGCAGAAAAUUUUUCAGUAUGUUAAACUUGUUGAAUUAUCUGAAGGGAGGUUUCUUGUUUUUGGAGCUGUGAAUAAUUACACUGAAAGCAUCUUCUCAUUGAGGGAGCUACCAACAAGAGAAUAA